CAAAGACAUUGACCAUUGGAUUGAAUGCGCGAUCGUUUCAAAGCACUUCAUAUAAGUGUCAAUCAGUUGAUGGAAAACAAAGCCUACUUAUGGUCAAUGAAACCAAUGGUGUCCGAGAAGUGACUCUCAAUAAUCCCAAAAAGAGGAAUGUGUUGUCGCUAUCAAUGAUAGAAAGUCUGCGGGAAGUAAUAGCCGACAAUCCGUCACUUCGAUGUGUUGUCAUUAGCUCUAAUGGAUCCGUCUUCUCGUCGGGACACGAUCUCAAAGAACUGUCUGCGGGAACCGACAAUCCGUCACUUCGAUGUGUUGUCAUUAGCUCUAAUGGAUCCGUCUUCUCGUCGGGACACGAUCUCAAAGAACUGCGGUUCCCGGCCGAUAGAGUGAAGACAUACCAGUUCUUUGAGAUCGUGUCCCGACGAGAAGACGGAUCCAUUAGAGCUAAUGACAACACAUCGAAGUGA